AUGGUUAGAGAUGUUUUUAAUGCAGAUCCUCAUGUUGACCUAAAGUUAAGAAUUAUUGGUAAAAGGCAACAAGAUGGAAGGAUAUAUAACCUACCAACUGCUUUUGAGGUCGUCGCUUUAAUUGAAGGAGACAUUAAUGAUUUAACUGAUAACAGAGACAUUGUUGUACAAACUUCAUCUAAAGCUCUACGACGUAUCAGUGAAUUGCAUCCUUCUUACCUUCCUCUACAGUAUCCUCUACUAUUUCCAUAUGGCGACGAUUGUUAUAGGUUUGACAUCCUUCAUAGAGGUGUUACGUCUACGAGCGAUAUCAAGCGUUCAAACACAACAAUGAGAGAAUAUUUCUCUUACAGAAUUCAAGAAAGGGAUAAUUAUUUCUCAUUGAUUUUGAAUUCAAAAAGGAUUUUCCAGUAG